GACGAGACGUCCGCAGAAAGAAGAACCAGACAAAAUGGAGAUUCAUCUGUACUGACGCUUAGAUAAACUAUAGUCCUGUAGGGUGGGCGGUCCUAUGAAACUAAAGAGGUCAACGUUAACCCCAUUCUGUGCUGCCUUCGGACUCAAGGAAAGUAAAAUUCCAGGUCCUGGAUAUUGGGGUCCGGUCAUGGAGUGGUUCGGCUCAGCAGAUGUGCGCCAGUUACUGCACAACAAGUUUGUCGCUGUCCUUGGAGACUCCAUUCAGAGAUCCGUCUACAAAGACCUGGUGAAGAUGCUGCAGGACGACGCGUUUCUCUCUGAAGCCCAGCUGAAACGCAAGGGGGAGCUAUCUUUUGAGAAUGACGCUCUGGUGGAGGGCGGCGAGCUGGAUGGACUGCACAAUGAAACCACCUUCCGAGAAGUGCGGCAGUACCGGAGCUGCCACCAUCUUGUACGCUUCUACUUUCUGACCCGCGUCUACUCUACUUACCUGGAGAGCGUACUAUCGGAUUUCCAAAGUGGACCCCAGCCCGAUGUGCUGAUAGCAAACUCCUGCGUCUGGGAUGUCAAUAGGUACAACGACAAACAUCUGGAGGCUUACAAGACCAACCUGGACACGAUGUUCCAGCGCCUCAAGGAGGUGCUGAGCCCCGAAUGCCUCAUCAUAUGGAACACGACCAUGCCGGUCGGGUACAAGGAUAGCGAAAUCCUAGGGUACAUGGUACACAACCUAAGGAUGGACGUCGUGGAGGGGAACUUCUUCAGCGCCACUUUGGCGGAUUUGCACAAGCUGGACGUGCUGGACAUGCACUAUCACUUUCGCUGUGACCUGCGUCUCAGAUGCCGGGACGCCAUCCAUUGGAACCAGGUGGCUCAUCGGAAGUACACCCAGAUCCUUCUGACCCAUAUCGCACAGGCGUGGGGGGUGGAGGUGCCGAAGGGCAAGAUGCUGGAAGAGACUGCGUAUAUCCCAGGAUACACAUCCUUCGAUGAGAGUGGUAUUAACGACAUGCCCGAUCUCCUCUCUCUUGGAUACUGCACUGAUGAAAAGAUAAUCAACUCAGAUGCUGCUUCGCCCUUUGUGACUGACAGCCCUCUACUGACUGCUAACAUAACCCCUGGAUACUUCACCUCUUCUCCAGGUCCUAUGCUCACUCGUCCUCCAUUUGCCCGAAGGAAAAUGAAGAUCACGUCGUGGAGGGGUGGCCGAAUGCAUCCGUACUGCUGAGCGCCAUUUUAACUGCCUGGUAUCUUCUGACCUGAACCUAAUGGACAUCCUCCACAGUCCUGUCUAGUACAGUGCAUAUCCCAUGACUACUUCUGGAUCUGUUUCAUCAUUGACUCUCUCUGCCCGUCUUUGGAUCAUCACUCACUUACAUUAGACUGGAUGAAGGCGGCCAUCGCAUCUAGCCUGUGGGAACACAAACUGUAUUGAUGAGUGCUAAUGAGACACAGAUCGGUGGUGUAUGGCAAUAAAGUUGUUAGGGUUAGCAUUCCUAUUGAUCCAGGUUACUGAAAGGGUUAAUGUCAAUAUCCCUGGUGGUCUAGGACAGGAAAUGGGUUAAUGUCUAUACCUAGUGGUCUAUGGCAAUAAAUCUGUUAUGGUCAGUAUCCUUAAUGAUCCAGGUUAGUGAAAGGGUUAAUGUCAAUGUUCCUGGUGGUCUACUCUAGGCCAGUGAAGGGGAUAAAGUCAGUAUUACUGGUGGUCUAGGGCAGUGAUAAAGUUAAUAUCAAUAUCCAUGGUCAUCAAGGCUGGUGAAGGGGUUAAUGUCUGCAUCGCUGGUGGUGUAGGACAGUGAACUAGUUGGCCUCCAUAUACCUGGGGUGCAAGUGGGUAAACUACAGUAUCCAUGGUAGUCUAGGGCAG